UUAUUUUGAAUUAGCUUAAUUUGAAUUAACUAUUUUGAAUUAAGUUAACUUGAAUUAACGCUGUAGUGUAGACAUACCCUCAGGGAUAGUGCUCUCCGCCCCCUUUUCCCCAGACAGAUUCCCAACAAUUAACAUACCCCUAGCCAGGCCAGUGCCUGUAUCCUGAACUAAACAGUUAAUAGUGAUAGAGAUGUUAAUGUUAGCACACACCCUCACCACCAGCUAAACAGAUUUCUCUCAGGAACAGCCUGAAAAUUUGUUAGCAGGUUUCAAAAUAUACUGAGCAGCUGAAAGAUUUGAAUGUUUCCUUACUACAUAGGUGUACAAAGCCACAGUCAAACCAGUAUGUUGCAUUGCUCAAGGCACCAGUAUGUUGCAUUGCUCAGUGAAUGCGCUGAGUACUUACCAGGGGAGUGCCAAGGGAAGUGGGCCUCUCACCUGCCUGUAGUCAAGGGUCAACUGAAAAGAAGGGGAAAAGAAAAGAAUAAACCUUGGUCUCAUCUGAGUUCAGCCUCCGCUGGUUGUUGCAAGGUGGGGCUGUGCACAGCUCAGGACCUUUCCAUCUAACUGGCCAAGGAACACCUCUGCAGACAGGCAGCCAUCACUCCACAGGGCUCCUGGCCCUCUCCCUUGACAUGGGCUGGCAUCCCCCAGGUGGGGGCUCAUGAGAGCUCCCUGCACCACUGGUCUCAGAGCAGUGCAGUGAGUAGUUACACCAGCCACAAUAGGAAUUGGGUUGCAUUUAUCAAUUAGGACAUUGUCCCCUGUGCAUUUAGAAGCAGGGUUCUCGCACACAGAAGAGGGGAAUUGAAUAGGAACAAGUCGCUGUUUUCCCGCUAUUGAUCUGUGAUCAUUGCUGGGGGCUGUGGAGCUUCUACUUGCUCAGUCUUAAAAUAGGUAGGUGGGCUAGUUCCCACUACUGCCUCUGAUGUCAGCAUCUCCCUCAGCUGACUGCCUGUUGCUAUGAGACCACACCACGGUGGUAGCUUCACAUUACUUGUAAACAAGUAUACACCGUGCAUUGAAUUUUUGCUUGCUACCUUAAUUAAACUGCAAUUGGAGAACCGGUGGAAGCACAUUUCACCCAAGCCAAGCAGCAAUGGAACCGUUUUAUCUGUAUGACAUCAGCACGAUCACCUCCAACAAAACCAUUGAGCGAGUCAUCUCACCCAUGGCAGCUCAACUUUGUCAUUUAAUGAUAGCAGUGGAGUGGGAAGGGGUGAACAGCGAACGCCUGGCCGAUUUAGAAAAACCUGCUGAAGAAUUAGCCAAAGCUACUGAAGAACUUGCUUAUGUUGCAAGAAGGCUGGCUGAGGAGUCCAACGAUGAGCUGCUGGCUGGGGAGAUGCUGCCAGCCUCAGAAACUCUCCUCGUGGCUGGAAAGAGCAUCUUAUUGGUGGCCCAGAAACUCCGCAUUCAGCCAGACGCUCAGAACCAUCAGGAGGAGCUGAUUGAUUCAGCAAAGAGAGUCUUAGUAGACACUGUAAAGAUCCUCCUGCUUGAAGAUGAUGCCUCAGUGAGGAGAAUUAUCCAGGCUGCUCAUUGGCUUCGGGACUGCCUGACCGCACUUGAGUUUGCAGGAGACAUGCCAGGCCUGCUGGCUGCUUUCCGUGGCUUUUCAGAGUCCUUGCUCUUGCUGAGCAAUCUGACAGAGCAACGCCUCCAAGUGCUCAAAGAGUCUUCUCCUCGGAAGCGUUUGGCCCAGACGCUGCAGAUCCUUAGGAAGUGUGUCCCGAUGUUGCAUACUGCAAAGUCCAGUCACUUGAAACACCCCCAGGAUCAACACGUGAAUGAUUCCAAAACCUAUGUUUUCAACUUGAUGGAUAGCACCGUAAAGGAACUGAUCUCCUUGCUGAGGAACACCACCAGAAGUCAAGAACUACUGGAGAGAAAUGGGCUUUUUUCCCAGCGCCUAAGCCAGCUCCUGGGCCUCCUGUCCAACCCAAACCCUGCUCACCUUGUUGAAGGUGAAUUCAACUUCCUUGUGGAAGCUGUGGUCUUCCACUGCAUGCUUUUAGCUAACUCAUCAAGGCCAAGCAAUAAGCGGCAGCUGAUAAAGCACUGCCAUCGUCUCCUGAUGCUCAGGAAAAGUAUUUCCAACCACGGAAGCAUAACGGUGGUAUUACCAGCUCAAAGCCAGCAAGAGUGCAUCCUAGAAGAGAAAUGUCAGAGUAUGAGAGCUGAGGUGGAGACUCUUGAUCAAGCCGUGCUCACUGCUGUUGUGUCUCAGGUUCUGGACACUUUCACAGACAUUAACGAGCCCCUGCAAAAGUUAAUGGAGGCUGCACUGGAACCUCCCACUGUGCAGUAUUCUCCCUCAGGAGAAGAUGGAUUUCUAAGAAAACUGCAGCCUUUUAUUACUGCCUUCUUCAGUCAUGCUCAUCAGAUGCUCAAAGUGGCAAAUUUUGUUCUGGCCAGGUGCACCAACACCAGAAUCAUUAAGGAAACUGAAAAUUAUUUAGAUUGUUUAAAUGGACUCCUUGCCACAGUGCCUCUGCUCCUCGUGGAAAUGACCAAAGACCCUAAUAAGAUGAGCAUCUUGCAACAAGCACAAACCUUCUCUCAAAGAUGGGCGUGGACAACAGAAAGCUUGUUGGCAUGUAUUGAUGAGACAAUCAACUUGCCCAAAUUCCUUGAUCUGUCUAUCCAGGAAAUGGCUGAUGACAGAGAGUGUUGUGAACAAGAAUUAGAGAGUCAGAACCCUGGAGGGUUCUCAUGGCAUGCCACUCAUAUGACCAGUCGAGCUGCUCGAGUGGUCCAAGUUACUAACAGGUAUGUGGAUCAAGUCAGAGAUCCCAUUUUCAAGAAUGGUUUGUUAGUUUUAGUUAAGCAGCUGGAAAUCUCCAUUCUGGAAGUGAGAACGGCUACAAGCCACGGUUUAGAAGGCAUAUCUUGUCUACAAACCAGAAACGCAUUUUCAAAAAAAGUAAAGCAUCUGAUGGACUCCACUCAAAACAUUAGAGAGGGGUUGGAUGGGGCUAACCAUCCAGAUAUUCUUAGUCCACUUCGGGAACAAAUUCGGAGGCUUGGCAUUCCGAAAGAGAUGGGUUGCCUUUCAGCCCAGGACCACGUAGAGCUCAGUGCACCAGAUGUCGUCAUAAAACGAAGCACUAAUGACAAUACCAAAUUAGCAGAAGAAUUUUUAAGGAAAGGGCUUUCAUCAGCCGCCUCUCCUCUUGAGACGCUUCCAAGAGCAGGUAACUUAUACCUGGGAAGAGUGGAUUUACACCCUGUGAUCAAUGAACUCAUCACUGCAAUAGAGAAACGUGACAUUACAGCAGUAAACACUGCUUGCUUUGCUUUACUUGAACUUUCCAACUGUUGUGUGGACGCUGCCCAGGAAGCCUUAUCAAUUGUCAAAUCGCCACUGCUGGAAAAGCUGACCCAAUACGGAAAGAUAGUUCUAUUAACACCACGUGUUAUUAGCUUAGCUAGGGAGAUAGGCCCAAACCCAGUUUUCAGAGCAGACAGACUUUUUCCAACAGCUGUUAUGUUAUCAGAGAGGAUUUAUGAAACUAACCAGUGCCUGGUGGCCGUGGCAGGCUCUUGGCACAGUCUAGUCCAGCAGUUAUUUUGCACUAUAGAUGCAUCUGACCGUCUGAAGAGCAAACAAACUUUGGAUGAGAUAAUGAAGACAUUAGCAACAGUUGUACAGCUAGCGGGUGAUGUUGCAUGUACAGACUGUGAAGAGGAGCUUAUGAUAGUUCCUAAGAUUCAGGAAAGGUUUGCACGGGUUCAAGCAAAAUUCACAAGUGCUCAGACCAAGGCAAAGGAUUUAUCUGAAAAGGCGCUGUCUUCGGAUCACGUCCACCCCCCCCAGUGUAGCCUCGAGGGGGUCUGUCUUCUCUGGUCUGUCAGCAUACAGGUGCUCCUGAGCUCUGUGGAUCAGCUCAUCGGCAGAGAUGUUUUGUCCUUAAGUCAAUUAAAGAAUGCAGUGAAGCACAGGCUGCGCUUGCGGGAAGUCCUGGCAGCUGUAUCCGAGAACUCUUUAAGAAUUCAAGAGGCAGCCCGGCUGUCCUCUCUCGCCUGUGCUGAACACAGCAUGCAGCAUGACAUCCUAGGGCUCCGGGAGGAGGUAAAAGUGCUAACGGAAGCUCUGUUACAUGUGGUGGAUAUUCUGUCCGUCUCCCCGGUGCCUUGUACACACUUGUCCAUCCGUGCUGAGCUGCUCCAGCGAGAGCUUGCAAUGAGAGCAAAAUCACUCCGGCGCCUCCUCAUCAGCGCCAAUCAGGAGUACGUGAGGGUCAUCCAAAACAUCCUCAGAUUGGCCCGGCCUCCUGUGCUUACCCAGGGUGAUGACGGUGGGAUGGUUAAACAGGCAGAUCAGAUAAUAGCAAACGUCCAGCUGGUCAAAACUGUCAUCGAAGACGCUUUGGUGAACACAGCUCAUUUAAAAAUGCGGGAACGCCUGCUCGCCCUGACCGACCACCUUCUCCUCCUGACGGCUGCGGCUCUAGGGAGAGAUGGGGAGUGGCUUGGAAGCCAGCAGGACAAGGAGCUGGCCAAGCGAGACUGCAUCAUAUGGGAGUGGUCUGCUGAGGCUCACUAUGUGGUGACACAGCUCCAGUCAGUGCAAGGCAUUGAUAAAGCUGUCCCGGAGCUCGUUAAGCAGUGUUUACAAAACAGCAAGUCACAUGCCGCUGCAAACCAAUGUCACGGCUCAGCAGAGCUGCCCCCCACCAAAGUACCCAGAACCAAACACCGGAAUCGCACAGGUGAAGCCAAUUUGGCAGACCCCCAGCCUACCGCGAGGGAAUUGGCAGGCUCAGCUGCCAGGGAUGCAUCUGAAAUCAUGCUCCUGCGUGACCCUCCAAGGGACUCCCAACCCGCUCGCCAUGACGACAGUAAUACAAUGUCCCAAGCCACCCAGGAAAUGGCCACAGGGAUGUCUCACAUGGCGCAGUUUCUAAAGAGGAAGGGACCGAUAACGACCAAAGACCAGCUCGUUGCCUGUGCAAGACAAAUGGCCUCCAAGGGGCAAGUGUUUGUCAGGUUUGGCCACAUGGUUGCAAAGAGCUGCCUAGACAAAAGAUGUGCAACUGAACUGCUGUGUGUCACCGAGCAAAUCCAAACCAUCAGCAACCAGCUCAGCAUUAUUUCCAGGGUAAAAGCAGCAACGUCAGGAAGUAAGUGCUCUGCUGAACUACUGGUGAACAACGCACGGAAUCUGUUUCAAGUGGUCCUACAGUCCCUGAAGGCAGCAGAGGCCGCGUGUGUCAAAGGUUUGCGAAAGCCAGACCCGGGCUCAGAAGAAGAAGAGGCAGCUGCCUUUUGUAUUAAAUGGAAGAAACAAUUAUUGUGGCACAGAGUCAAAGAAGCUUUAAACCCUGACAGAGAUGAAUUCGGACUUCGCAGAACACGUGCAGGGCUUGAACCCACCCUUACAGCUCUAGUUCAAGAGCCAUCUAAGAAUUAAAAACUCUCCCCCGCAGCCCCAAGUUCCACACAAACAACAAAGCAUUAUGGCUGGUGAUUCCCGGGAGUUGGAAGGGGCCUCUGUCACUGAUCCCUAGCUCUUGCAGGAAACAACACUGCUGGAUAAUAACGCCACUUACCUCCUCAGAAGCAAACCAUGCUGCCCAGGAGCAAGAGAGACAUUCACAAAUAAGUGACGUUAGCAAAUGUAGUCUGGGGAAUGAGGCUGACCAUUCUUGGCAAAGUAGCAUCCCCAGUAUCAAAAGCAACAACUGUGUUAUUUUAAUCAAGUGUCCCUUAGCAACUUAUCUGCGGUGGAUGUGGUGUUGUAAAGGGGUAGGCAAGGCAUGCCAGUGCAAGAUUUUUGUACUCAUGUCAAAACAAACUUUUGUGCAUGUGAAAAGCUGACAAAAAAGUACUUAAGUUUUCAAGAUAAUUUUGAAAGAAAAAAUUACCAAUAAAGCAAAGUUACUCACCUUGGUGCAGUAACUGUCGUUCUUCAA